CCCAUUUAUAUAAAUACACAUACGCACCUUCUCUUUCUUCUCCCGCCAUUAUUAGAACAUCCCUCCUUAACACACUGUAUCGUCAUUCUUCAUUUCUAAUUCUACACCAAUAAUUGCCAUAUCUGUUUUCGAAUAUUCCUUGAUCAUCUGAGAAAAAGAAAAAGAAAAAGAAAAUCAUAACUAAAACACAAUAAUGAGAGACGAGAGAGGAGGAGGAGGAGGAGGAGAAGGAGAAGGAGGAGGAUCGAACAUGAUGUUCGUGGAGACGAAUAGCAUCCCGAGGCCGAAAUUCGGCAACAUGUUGCAGUAUUCGGACCCGAACAUCUCCUCAAAUAUGGUUCCGUACGAUCCGGACGACUUCCCAAUGAGAAACAGCAGUGCGUCAAUGCAGACUUCUCCGAUGAGCUACGACCCCAGCCGUAUGAGCUGCGAGGGCUCUCCCAUGCUCAUGUCGCCAUGGAAUCAAACUUCUCCUUAUUCCAAGUCCCCUUGGUCCCAGCAAUACGACGACGCUUUGCCUCCCAACAGCCUCAUCGGCUCUCUCGUCCGCGAAGAGGGACAUAUCUACUCCUUGGCAACCGCCGGAGACCUUCUCUACACCGGCUCCGACAGCAAGAACAUCAGAGUCUGGAAGAAUUUAAAGGAGUUUAGUGGAUUCAAAUCAAACAGCGGUUUGGUCAAGGCUAUAAUAAUCUCCGGUCAGAAGAUCUUCACCGGUCAUCAAGACGGCAAAAUCCGAGUCUGGAAAAUCAAUCCAAGGAACCCAAGCGUCCACAAACGGGCCGGGACUUUACCCACUCUUAUGGACAUCUUCAAAUGCUCCGUCAAACCGAGCAAUUACGUUCAAGUACGGCGCCGCCGUACGGCUCUCUGGAUCAAGCACUCUGAUGCUAUUUCGUGCUUGAGCCUGAGCGACGACAAAACGCUCCUCUACUCCGCAUCCUGGGACAGGACUCUCAAGGUUUGGCGAAUCGAGAACUCCAAGUGCGUCGAGUCGAUCAACGCUCACGACGACGCCGUCAACUCCGUCGUCGCCACCGUCGAGGGCUUGGUCUUCACCGGCGCGGCGGACGGCACCGUCAAGGUGUGGAAGAGGGAGCUUCAAGGGAAGGCGACGAAGCACGCCUUCGUCCAGAAGCUUCUGGAACAAGAGAGCGCCGUUACCGCACUCGCCGUUAACCCGUCCGGUUCAAUAGUGUACUGUGGCUCCUCUGAUGGUUUGGUUAACUUUUGGGAGAGGGAGAAGCAGUUCUCCCACGGUGGAGUCCUCAAAGGACACAAACUGGCAGUGCUUUGUCUUGCGGCCGCAGGGGGUUUGGUGUUCAGCGGAUCAGCUGAUAAGACCAUAUGCGUGUGGAGAAGGGACGGCGUGAUCCAUACUUGCCUGUCGGUGCUGACGGGGCACACGGGCCCAGUCAAGUGCUUGGCGGUCGAGGAGGAUCGUGAGUCGUUGGAUGGAGAUCAGAGGUGGGUCGUUUACAGUGGGAGCCUCGAUAAGUCCGUCAAGGUUUGGAGCGUCUCUGAUGUUACACAGACGGUUGGGAUUCAACAACAGCAGUACGUGGACGUGGAUUCGUUGCCGUCCGAUGGAAGCUUUUCAUCUGCGGGACGUGCCAGCAAGAACAGGAGGUACUGAAUCUCACCUUCAACGACUUUGGAGUACUUUUCCCACGUGUCAUAUGAUCAUUCGAGGGGAAUUUCUUGUUCUUGACACGUAUGAUUGGUGGCUUGGAUGGUUUGCCUACCAUGUUGGGAGAAAGUGAAACUUGAAGAAGGUUUUUGCUUUUUUAAGUGUUUGUUUUUAUUGGACUUUGUUAAGAUCGGUGAUUUGGUGUGGAAUAGAAUGAGAAGGAUGAUUGACUA